AUGGGUAUGGCACGUAUGGCAAGUUAUGCCAACAAAUAUGUGGAAGCUCCUGAUUUUCGGGCGGAACAGCUUUUAUUCGCACCCAUGUCAGUAUCGACACGCCUCUCAGGGUUUCGCAUAGAUAACACUGCCUCAAGUCGUGGCUUCUCUUCCACUUCUACUCUCGCUCUGCCUUACUCCGCCCCAACUAGUAACGUGACGAUCUUUUGUGGUGAGAAAGGCAUUGCGACAGACUCCGUCACCGUAACAAAAAUUCUUCAGUGGCGAACAGAAAAGGAUUUUUUUCAAGGUGAAGGUGAUGGCAGCAAACGGGUCGAUAAUACAAAGGUCAUUUUCGAAGGAAUAUGUCAUGGAGAAGAAGUAAUCGUUAACUGCUGGGAUGAUUCCAAGUCACUUGGACAAGCUAACACGAUUCUAGCUAUCUCAACGAACGCGCGAUAUAUCUGA